CCCACCGGACCAUUUCCACUUCCUGCUAAACAUUGCCCUUGAUUUCCUUCAGGAGGUGAUAUGGACAGCUAACUGUCUGGUUUGUCCUGACUUUGGGAGAGUUUGUAAUUUGGAAACAUGGGUCUUAUGCCGGACGAGGCAAAGGUUCUGCCUCCUCCGGGGCUCGUGAACAGAAACUCAGUAUGGCUCGGGCUGUGCGGAUGGGCGACCGCGAUGUUUCACAACAAUUUGAACCGCAGGCCCGCGCUCAAAGCAGGUGUUCACCGUCAAGCACUGUUUAUAACCGUUGGAUGGUUUAUUGGAUAUCAUCUGACAAAAUAUGAAAAUUACACAUAUGCCAGGCUGGACAGGGAUAUGAAUGAGUACAUCAGGCACCAUCCUGAAAACUUUCCAGAGCAAGAAAAAAAGACAUUCGCCGAAAUUGUGGAGCCAUUUCAUCCAAUCCGUUAAAUGGAUGUGGUUGUAAGAAGAAAUAUGAAGAUUACUUUUGGAAAUCUGGUUCAACAACCAUUACAACAACUGUUAUAAAUACUCUUAUGUUGGUUAAUGUUUUGUCCUCAAUGUUUCAUUAAACU